AUGCCUUCAGUUGCUCGCCUCGAGCUUGUGUCCGUCCCACCGCAAAAGACACUCGUCGCCGCGGCCCCGCAACACGGCCACAUCCUUGACAUUGGAGGCAGUGCCCUGAAAGAUCUCUGUGUCGACAGAGUCAAGGACACGCUCGACGCCAUUGCCAACUCACGGGGCUCGCCAACCCUACCCGAUGAGCUUCUCUAUGACGAUGAGGGUCUGCUCCUGUGGAACGACAUUAUAUCCAUCCCCCAAUUCUACCAGACCCAUGAUGAGACUGCCCUCUUUAAGAGCAACAGCUCCGAGAUCAUUCGUCAUGUCCCCAAAAACAUCACAAUGAUUGACUUGGGCUCAGGUGAUACCACCAAAGUCGACCACUUUCUCAAAGCAUUCGAAGAAGCAAAAGUUCCUGCCACAUAUCUGGCUCUCGAUAUUUCAAAGACGGCGCUCGACGAGAGCAUAAAGAGCCUGACUGCUAACCAUUCUGGCCCCAACGCGGUCGUCAAGUGCGGCGGCCUGUGGGGUACCUUUGACAACGGACUACAGCACGUUGACAACAUCAAAGGGCCUCGUCUGUUUCUGUCCCUCGGCUCCGUGCUCUGCAACGAUGCUUGGCCCACGGCUCUGGGCCAUCUUAGAAAAUGGGCGGCAGUGCUCCGGCCCGACGAUAAAAUGCUGAUUGGCAUGGACGGGCAUCUUGCUGCUGAUCAAAGAGAUAAAAUCUGGGCCGCCUAUCACUCCUGUGACGACAAGUUCCGCAACUUCUUCCUCAACGGCUUGACCUGUGCCAACAAGCUUCUUGGAUACAAGCUUUUCGACGAGCAAGAUUGGGACUUCAUAGCCGACUUGGAGGACAGGCCCACAACGCGCCACCGAUGUUUCAUGCGCGCCAACAAGGACGUCUCGAAAGACGACGGUAGCGUCAUCUUCAAAGGCCAGGAAAUAGACUGGUUCGAUUCCCACAAGUACGGGGAGGACGACGUCCGUCUGAUGUGCAGCAAGGCUGGCCUGACUGUCAUCAAGUCUUGGGCACCAAAAGGUUCCGAAUUCCGUCAGUAUCUCGUGCGUCUCAAGGGCGACGGUGACGGUUUUGAGGACUGCGACAGCGCCAUUUCCGGUAUUCUCUAG